CUAACCGAUCUCAACUACAUAAAGGGUACCAGCGUACUAUCGCCUAGUAUACCACUGACUCUAGUGGUCCUGCCGGCGCUCAUGAUUGCCCAAAAGUCCCCGGAUAAUAUUUUUACGGAGCACGCUUCUGUUUUUAUUCUGGCCUUUGGCAUGGUAGCGGCUAAAAUCACCAAUAAACUAGUGAUUGCCCACAUGACGAAAGCUGAGAUGGAAUAUUUGGACUGGUCAUUACUGGGCCCAGCAUUAUUGUUCCUCAAUCAGUACUUUAAUUGUAUUGUGCCAGAGAUUUGGUUGCUUUGGUUUACGCUAGCCUGGAGCACCCAGGAUUUACUCCGAUACUGUGCGCAGGUUUGCUUCGAGAUUUGCCAGCAUCUGCGGAUCGACCUGUUUAGAAUACCGUAUAGCGCCAAGGUCUCGAGUACCUCGUCGGUGGGCAGCCAGAUCAAUUUCGGAGGGGAAAAAAAUGGUAGCACAUCGCACCGAAAGUCUAAAAGCAAAUUGCACUAACUAUAUGUUGCAUUGAUUUCAUUCAAAUUCCUAAGAAACUUUCAAAUAUUUUCGGUGUUAGAGAAAGUUUAAACAGUUUUAAGCUUAACCAACCAAAAUUUACCGUCGAAAUGUUAAAUCAACAAAUAGUAUAACUAAUUUAUAAAUGUUGUAACCAAAAAGA